AUGUUUCGUACAGAAGCAUUUUAAAUAGAAGAAAACGAAAUUCGGAAUUUAAAUGUACGUUACCUUCUCAACCGGAGAACGGUGAAUAUAAGGUAACUGGUGGUAACAUAAUCAAUGGCAGGGCUUUAGUUAUAAAUCUUCAAUAUUCAUGUAACCCGACUUACGCGCUAGUUGGGGACGGAAGUGCCUUUUGUUAUGACGGAGAUUGGACUCCUGAGGAAUUACCGAAAUGCGUCCAAACAUGUCGUCUAACAAAACAUCGUAGUGUGGUCUACAACUGUUUGAUUAGUGGCACUGACGCUACACGCGCGUGUCGCGAUACAGAGCCUGUUGGCACUGUGGUGCAACCUGUUUGUAAACAGCCGCACUAUUACACACCUAUAGAGCUACCGUACAUGCAUUGCAAGAACGGCAGGUGGAAUGCUUGGCCUACUUGUAUGCCGGAAUGUGGUCUACUCACACCUAAGGGUGCUGAAGCUACCAGGCCUGGAUUACCAUGGCAGGCGGCGGUCUACUACAAGAAUAUUAUUGAUGCAUCCCAUGAACAUAUCUGCAGUGGCGCCCUCAUCAGUAACUCUGUGGUCUUGUCAGCUGCCCAUUGCUUCUGGAACGAAGACACAAAGGCUAAAAGUGAUGAAACCAACUAUGCGAUUGCGGUCGGCAAGUUAUAUAGUGAAUGGAGUCAUCCUGAUGAUGAAGACCAUGUUCAGAGGUCAGAUGUAAAGAAGAUAGUGAUACCGAAGGAGUAUCGCGGUGAUGAAACUCAUCAUCAGGACGACAUCGCUGUGGUGGUGGUGACGAGGUCUUUUGAGUACCAGCAUUAUAUUAGACCAGUCUGUUUAGAUUUCAAACAGGAGCUGUAUAACAAGCAACUAGUGAAGGGCAACACAGGAAAGUCUGCUGGCUAUGGUCUAUCGAGGAAUGAUGCGUCCAGUCCGAAAACAUUGCAAGUAGUAGACCUGCCAUUUGUAUCAAAUGACGAUUGCUUCAUCAAGUCUAGCAGUGACAAGUUUUGCGCUGGGAAUGUUAAUGGGCCAGGUUUAUGUGGCGCGGAUAGCGGUAGCGGUAUCACGUUUCCAUCAACUGUACAAAACACUACUAGGUACUACCUCAGAGGUAUAGCUUCGGUAACAAUUAACGUCACUGCACGUUGCAAAACGUACACAACUUUUAACUCUAUCAUGAAGUACCAGAAUCUUAUUAAGACUUACUGGUUUCUUUGAUAAUGGCGGGAAUGUUCGCCAUCUUGAAAUAAAUGCUUCUUGUAUUUUUUAUGUGCAACCCAUAGAUUUAUUUUACUAAUAUUAUAAAUGCGAAA